UCCUCAGGUGCAACCCCCUCCGUGGUCCUCUGUGGCAGCCUUCUCUCAUUUGGAGCUGAAAAGAAAACUCAGUAGAAGAUAAUGGCAAGUCCAGACUGGGGAUAUGAUGACAAAAAUGCUUCACGUAGCUCACUGGAAUUCUGCAAAGUACUCCAGCCUUGCUGAAGCUGUCUCAAAGGCUGAUGGUUUGGCAGUUAUUGGUGUUUUGAUGAAGGUUGGUGAGGCCAACCCAAAGCUGCAGAAAGUACUUGAUGCCCUCCAAGCAAUUAAAACCAAGGGCAAACGAGCCCCAUUCACAAAUUUUGACCCCUCUACUCUCCUUCCUUCAUCCCUGGAUUUCUGGACCUACCCUGGCUCUCUGACUCAUCCUCCUCUUUAUGAGAGUGUAACUUGGAUCAUCUUUAAGGAGAGCAUCAGUGUCAGCUCAGAGCAGCUGGCACAAUUCCGCAGUCUUCUAUCAAAUGUUGAAGGUGAUAAUGCUGUCCCCAUUCAGCACAACAACCGCCCAACCCAACCUCUGAAGGGCAGAACAGUGAGAGCUUCAUUUUGAUGAGUCUGAGAAGAAGCUUGUCCUUCCUCAAGAACACAGCCCUGCUUCUGACAUAAUCCAGUAAAAUAAUAAUUUUUAAGAAAUAAAUUUAUUUCAAUAUUAGCAAGACAGCAUGCCUUCAAAUCAAUCUGUAAAACUAAGAAACUUAAAUUUUAGUUCUUACUGCUUAAUUCAAAUAAUAAUUAGUAAGCUAGCAAAUAGUAAUCUGUAAGCAUAAGCUUAUGCUUAAAUUCAAGUUUAGUUUGAGGAAUUCUUUAAAAUUACAACUAAGUGAUUUGUAUGUCUAUUUUUUCCAGUUUAUUUGAACCAAUAAAAUAAUUUUAUCUCUUUCUUUCUAUUGUGCAGUUUCUAAAACCAUUAAGUUUCUACUCCAUUUACAUUCAAAAAUCUUAAAUACUUUACUUGCAAGAGUAUUUUGCCUCAAAUAUAACAACCUAGGAGCAGCUGGAGAUGAAAUAUUGAGAAAUUAGUUUGCUUACCCCUGAAGACAAAAAUACAGCUGAGAUGACAACUGGAUUUAAUAUCGUUAUGCUGGCCCAACAUUGCCACCAUUUGUGUUGUCUGUGAUCAAAAUGAUUAUCUUUUAUAUAGGAAGAUGAUGCUUCUAGAUAUUGCUUUCACUUCUUCUCCCCACGUUAGCAAGGACAAUGCUUCUCUGCCAUUAUUACAACUAGUUAGAUUGCAUGGAGAAUCCUUACUUUAAAAUUGGAAGAAAAGUCACAAGUGAAUGGUUUAUAAAAAUGCUAAAGAAGUCAUUUGUGCUUAGAAUCCUAUAGAAACAUCAUGCAAUCUUUUAGUCAGAUGUGCACUUCACCUUAUGCUAUUUUUAUCUUUAAUUGACACACAAUAAUUGUACAUGUUUAUGGAGUACAGUGUGGUGUUUUUUGUUUGUUUGUUUUUUGAGACAAGGUCUCACUCUGCCAGUCAGGGGGAAUGCGAUGGU